CUAUUUUAGUCCCAUCGAAAGGACGUCUUGCAUCAGACAGUUUCAAAUCUCAAUAACAGUUUUGUCAUUACUUUCUUAAUAAUUGUUUAUAAUUUUAUUUAUUCUUAAUUCGAAAUGACUCUUCUAGUUAAAACGGAAAGGAAAAUCGACUCGGAACCUUGCUUAGCCACAUGGAGCGAAAAAUUAAUUGUUGGUACUGAUAACGGUUUUAUUAAUACCUAUGAUGAACAUCUGAAUCCCAGUUCUUCAUGGAUGGCUCACGGGGUUCAGUUAUUUGCAUUAGCAGCUAGUGAAGGAAAAGUUUAUUCAGCUUCCAACGAUGGCGGAGUAAGGGUAUGGACAUCAGCAGGUGACAAAAUUUCGGAAUUGCCACCUCCUGACGGUGAUAUAGGAUCCCUGUGUGUGUUCGGUAAAUUAUUAUAUGCUGGCGAUGAAUUAGGGAAUGUAAGUGUAUGUUUUGAGGACACUAACUUAAAAGCUAAAUAUAAUGUUCUGGAGGAAGUAAAAGAUCUCGAAAUAAGUCCACCUUUUAUGUUUACGGCCCGUGAUCUCUAUGUGACGGUUACUGAAAUUAAACCUGAUGUAUCAAAAGACCGAUUUGUCACCCAACAUGUUAUGGAGGGACGUGCUCCCUUGAGGAUAAGUGGAUCGAAACUUGUUGUAACAGGACGAGGUGGUAAUAACAUUCAACUCCACGAGUUAUCUUUAGAGAAAAAGUUUAACAAGCUACAUGAGGUCAAGGUCAGUGACAUGAUAUUAACGAGUUUGGCAGUAGUUGGAAAUAUGGUGUGGACUGGAGGAUGGGAUGGCUGUAUGCGCAGGUGGAAAAUAGACCAAGAUAAAUUGCAUCCUGACGGGGAAAUAAACCUUGGUACAUGUAUUAAUUCCUUAGUUGCAACUACUGAAGCUAAUGCCUAUGCACUUUUGAGCGACAAGAGAAUUGUUAAUGUUGUAGCAAAAUAAACAGAAACUUAU